AAUUUACUUAAUCAAACAAAUAAAAGACGGAAACUUUUCCUUAAUAAAUUAUGAAACUUAUAAUUUUUGUGUCCUUUAUUGGAUUAUUAGGCUUCACGUCUACAACUCCAACAAACCAUCGUCUUCAAGGAGUAAUCGAUGGAUUAAUCAACAAAACCAUUAAUAGUCUAGUCGCUAAGUUGGAUGACCCGAUUACAGUAGAUCAUAUUGCGGCCGAUUUACCUAACAAUACAGAUAAUAUAAGUGGUACUGCCAGUAUAUCAAACUUUUCCCUUGGAGGCCUCAAGAAAUUGGUGGCAACAAAAAUCGACGUCAGUUUAUUAGGCUUGAGCCUAAACGCCGAAAUCGCAGUGCCGGAUAUUGAUCUGAAUACCGAAUAUGAUGCCGACAUUGAAUUACAAAAAUGGUUUCCUUUGAUGUGGGGACGUGGAGUUGCAAUAAUGAAAAUUGGAGGUAUUGACGUUCGCGUGGGUGGAAAAGUUAGUAUGAAAGGUGGUUUGAGCAUAUCUAAUACCACUGUAUCGUUUACAAUUGGAAGUGCUUGGUUUAGGUUCACUGGUCUGCUCUACGACGAUGAAUUAAGUUACACUCUAAGCGAAAUUUUGAACACCGUUGUAGUCAGUUUUGUCGAUGAUUAUCAAGAAUGGAUAAGCAGUAUUAUAAGUCCCAUUGCUGGUGAAAUAAUUAAUGCUUUACUACAUAGUGCCAGCGAAUCGGAAGAGUUUCUUCAAUUGGCGGAUCAAUUAUUAGAAGAAGAAAUUAAUAUGCAUUAUACUGUUUAAAAUUGUAAUACAUUAUCUCAUUAGAAUCAAUGAA